CAGCAUCUCAUUCUCUAUCACGCACACACAGUGUACGCACGCGCACAGACCGUGAGUGCAGUUUUGAGAGGAUGCUCCCGCAGCCCACUUCCCAACUUUGACGUCCAUGUCGUGCGUGUUGCGAUCGGAGCAGGGAUUGUUCUUGCUUGUUCGAUUGUAAAGUAAAACUCUUGGCAGGAUGUUUUACUUCCACUGUCCUCCGCAAAUCGACGCCGAGUGCUGCCGCUCCAAUACACUGAAUUCGAGCACUUUUGCAAACCACGCCCCAGCUGACUUUGACGAUGGCUUCCUUCGUAGGAAACAGCGGAGGAACAGGACCACGUUCACUUUGCAACAGCUGGAAGCCUUGGAGGCGGUCUUUGCCCAGACUCACUACCCAGACGUGUUCACGCGCGAGGAGCUGGCCAUGAAGAUCAACCUGACCGAGGCCAGGGUGCAGGUUUGGUUUCAAAACCGGCGGGCCAAGUGGAGGAAGACGGAACGAGGCAGCACGGACUCAGAAGGAGGCAAAGAGCAGCUGAGCGAGGCCGCUCCUCCGGCUCGCGGCAUCAACUCUCAGUCGCCGGUGGAGCCCAGCAGGAAGCACAAAGAACCGCUGGACAUGCAACAGAGUAUGAACAGGCCGGUGGGUCCCGGUGGUCCCUUCUUUCCAUCGUGUCUACCAGGGACCCUCCUCAACUCCGCCACUUAUGCUCAGGCGCUCUCUCAGGUCGCCACUUUGAAAGGUAACGCUUUGUGUUCCUGCUGCGUUUCGGACCCCAUGGGCUUGUCCUUCCUGCCUCCCUACGGUUGCCAGGGCAACCGGACAGCCAGCGUGGCCGCCCUCCGCAUGAAGGCCCGCGAGCACUCCGAGGCCGUGCUGCAGUCGGCCAACCUGCUCGGCAGCACCGCCGCCGCCGCCUCGGCGUCCGGGGCGGGCAUGGUGAGGCACCCCGCGGGCGCUCCGGCGCAGGCGGAAGCAGGCGGGACGAGAGGCGGGGACGCCUCCAGCCCCAACCUGACCUCGAAGGUGAUGGGGAGCGCCCCGGAGAAGCACCCUCAUUGCUCCAACAAGGACGGCGUGGAGAAGAAGUGAGUGUGUGGACAACACCCGAGUGACAGCUGAGGGCUCGUCGAAGCGCAGCAAUGGAGCGUGCACGAGAUCUAACUAUUUAUUGGACUCUUUUGAAGAAUAGAUAUUACUGUUUGUGACAAACAUACUGGGGAACUUGUUGACCUCACAAAUGCACACACAUUGGGAUCCGUUUCGCUGCACUCUUUGAUGGACCAAUGCAGUUAAGUCCGAGAUGAUUCAAACGCUGGACACAUUUUGAGGUAAAAUGUUGAAAAUGGGCUUGUAAAUGACAUCUGAUUGUUACAAUGAUGAUUAUUAUUCAUACCCUUUCUCUUGUUGCAUGCGCAUUCAAUGUUCGAAAUGUAGAGUGGAAUAGAAUAUUCUUAGUUUCACCAAAAUCGAUAUGAAUCGUUUUUAGAAAAACAAAAACUACUACCGGUAUUUUUCAUUGACAUUUCAAGCACAAUUAGCCGCACCAUUUCAUGUUUCCGGAUUAAUUUCUGGAAUAAUCUACAGAAAGGAUUUUCAAUUAAUGGUUUGGGAAACAAAACGGUUUUGCGGACAGCCGUCAGACGACCUAAAAUAUUAUUUGAGUUACUUUGCGACUAUAAUCUUCAUUUCGUUUUUUGGAUUGACUAAUUUAAUUCUUUAUCAGUAUUUAUUUGUACGUGGACUUUCAAGCUACAUUUGCUGGGUUUUACUCUGGCGGGAAGCCUUGAGCGAGAACAUUAUUAACACCUAAACACUCCUUAUGCAGGUAUUGACAAAGUGCAUUCUGGUAGAAUUAGGGGGGGGGGAAUCAUCUUACAGCCUUUUACCACUUUAUGGUGUCUUUCCCAGCUAAAAUAUAAAUAGCCAAUAUCUAAUUGAUUGAAUAAAAAUGUAUACGUGUAUGAAUCAUUUGGGGGUUAACUGUACAGUACAUAUAAAAAGUCUACACACCCCUGUUCGAUUCAAAUGGCAUUAGUUUUUUCAAAGAAAAAAAGACCAGGAUACAUCUUUAAAGAAUUAUUUCCACCAUUAAUGUGCAUGGCCGGCCAGUACAACUUAUUUUUUUCAAGAGCAGUAAAAAUAAAGGACUUGGAGAAUGCGGUUGCACAACUGGGAAUGUGGUUGUGUUUAGACAUUAAAGGAGUCAUGCAAGUCAAGUCAAUAAGGGAGUCAAAACACACCUGCCACCAUUUUGGUUGCCUCUGAUGAACCCACAUGAAGUUCUAAUGUGAAGUUUGCGGAAAAUGUUUAAGCUUUCUAGUGGAAGGUUUUGUGCAAAUACGAAUUGUUAUUUGGAACUGCUCAUAAUUCACUUCACUAAAGGUUGACUAAAGGUCCUAGGUCCAGCUGAAGAAAAAGUGAGCCGUCUCUCAUUUGAGUUUGAAUUGAAUUCUGAACACAACCACAGUGAUAGUUAAGAGGGAGUGUACACAACAACCGAGUCGUUCAUAUGACUUUGCGCUCAAAGAUUUAUUUUUAAAAAUUAAGCAGAGGUUAUAUUUCAAGUUGUAUCAAUGGUGAAAAAACAUUUUGAAAUCAUUUAUCUCGUCUGCUUUUUUUAAUGUCACAAAAAUAUGGCAUUCAAACAGGGGUGUGUAGACUUUUUAUAUUCACCCUAUUUGUUACUUCCAGGAAUAGCCAAUGGAUAAUGUGAAUUUGCCACUUCAGUGGGCUCAUGCUUACUUAUUGUAAAUGUUGAUGCAUGUAAAGAGUAACUUCACGGCAGCGUUUUUGCUGCCUUUUUGUGUGUGCGUGCGUGAGUGUGUGUGUGUGUGUGUGUGUGUGUGUGCAGGUGUGUGUGUGUAUUUCCGGAAAUCAAUCAUCGUUGAUCUUGAAGUGAACGUGCACUUUAAUCGAAAACAGUAAUAUCCAAUCAGCCGUCAUCAGCGGAACUCUGUCCACGUGCCAGUCGAGGGGAAGUGAAAAGCAGCCCGGGUGUCUCUCUCUUUUGUUAGCGCGAUGACCGACAGACAGCCAACACAGCUCGGCUGCUGUUGUGACAUGUUCGUGAAAACAAUUGAACAUGUAGGCGCUCAUGUUGCUCUCACUGCAGCCAUCUGUUCUUAUCCAUUAUUUAGCAGCUCAGCUUGAAAGCCCGCAGAGCAUCGCACCCGAUGGUUAUCAUUCAUUUACUUGGAGGAAUCUUCUUCUUGCCUCUUAAUAAAGCCCAUUAAAUGUGA